AUGGAUGAAAACGGCCGGGGACCGAAAAGGAACAGUGUCGCCUUUUGGUGAGGAUUUUAAAACAUUGAUUUUUUCUCGAUCAAAGUGAUCUGAUUGCGUUUUUAAAAAUCAUUUUUUGAAACAGGUAUGAUUAAUCAUGAUUAAGAAGAUUUUACGGAAACUGAACAAUAAUUGUAAGAGUAGCCAACAAGAACACCUCUUUUUGUCGCCAUCGAUUUCCAGCCUCUUAUUGAGCACUUUUCAUUUUACUUGCUUACUUUGAGCCCGUUUGUUCAAGCGAUGUGCUGAUUUCACACGCUGCGGACAAAAUCAGUCCAUUUUGGACACGUGAUUUUCGCAACCAGAUCACUUUUGCCGUCUUCCAAUUAAUUUUAGAAAAAGGAAUUUUGCAGGCUUCUCGGUCUGUGCAAUAACUUUGCGUACGUGGUCAUGUUGAGUGCGGCCAAGGAUAUUCUCGAAAAAGAAGACGCCGAACACAUUGAGAAGCCGUGCCGGGUAUAUUGACUGCUGGAAUUUUGAAAUAUUUCCUAUUUAAUUCAUUUGUUCAGCCGUCAGUAACCAGUCGAGAAUGCCACGUAAUGUCGACCGGAUCCGUGCUGUUGGCCGACAUAAUUCCAGCUUUCGUCAUCAAAAUUUCGGCGCCAUUAUUCAUUCAUCGAGUGCCUUUCGGGUAAGACUCGAUUUUUGUGCUUCUGCCCAUUCAUUUUAAGCGUAAAAGUAGUAUUCGUUUCACAGAAUCCGUCACCUACUCGUCGUCUUCCUCCAAGCCGCCAGUUUUCUGAUUGUCGGAAUCAGCGAGAGCACAUUUUUCGCACUUUUUGGUUCGCGUUUCGUAGCGAAACUUUUUGUUUAUAAAUUACCAACAUUCAGGAGUGAUAUUGGCGAGUUUCGGAAGUGGACUCGGAGAAAUUACCUAUUUAGCGCUGACUUCCAAUUAUCCGUCGUAAGUUUUUAAAGAAAUUUGCUCUUGUCUCACUAAUUUUUGGCAUUUUUAUCGAUUUUUACCGUUGAUAGGUAGAAAACACUUGAAAUUUUUUUAAAAUAUAAGUUUUCCCGUGACGAACAGCACGCAAAUCUCGGUUUAAAGUGGAUAAAGUUUGGGAAAAGGUGGUGACGGACAAACGGAGCAUUUUAUUGAAAAGAGGUGUAAUAUGAACAAGUAAUUUGAGCCGAAAAGUGUUUCCCCAGUUUGUGCUUAUUCCAAAUUUUCCAGAUCAGUGGUGGCUUCGUGGUCUUCGGGAACGGGCGGCGCCGGGCUGAUCGGAGCCUCCGCCUACGCACUUCUCACCGAUUCGAAGCUUUUGAACAUUUCGCCGAAGAACUCGAUGCUCCUGAUGCUCACUUUGCCCCUCCUCUUUUCGUGCGCCUACUGGCGCAUCCUCCGCAUUCCUCGAAGCGUUCAUCGGGCGCGAUUUCACAGAGUUUCCACGUGGAUCAUCGGAUUUUCGUCGGUGACGUCAUCUGAACGGCAUCUGGAAGAUGAAGGGCUUCUGGAAGAAGAAGAAGAGAUAUCAUCCGAUUCUGCGGCGGAAACUUCGAAAUUACACAAAACACGGCCACUUUUGAAGUUCAUGGUCCCGCUGAUCAGUGUCUAUUUGGCCGAGUACUAUAUCAAUCAGGGAUUGGUCAGUUUUCCUCCAAUUGCGUUUAAAAAAGAAACAUAACGUUUCCAGCUGGAACUGCUCGAAUUCGACUGUGCUCACGGCCUGUCCAUGAGCUCCGAGAGCCAGUACCGCUGGUUCCAGGUCACCUAUCAGCUCGGAGUUUUCAUUUCCAGAAGCUCCUCGAAUCUCGUCACUAUUCCCACGAAAUUAUUGCCUUUUUUGGCUGUGUUACAGGUAAAAACAAUCCCAAAGAUUGACAAACACCAAAAUCUUUUUUGCAGAUUCUCAACGCAUCCCUCUUCACGUUUGCCGCCAUUUUCACAUUUCUACCCCACAUUUUUAUUGCAUUUUGUGUCAUUUUGUUCGAAGGAUUUCUGGGCGGCGCCAGUUAUGUCAACACUUUUCGGGCCGUGCAUCGAGAGGUACUGUAGAUUACUGUAGCUUUAAAAUUUUCAAAACUGUUUCAGAUCCCAUGUGAAAAUCGCGAAUUCUCAAUGGGCGUCGUCUCGAUUUCCGACACGAUUGGCAUCGUUUUCGCCGGUUUUUUGGCGAUGCCGGUGCACAACAAAAUUUGCUCAAUGCCACUCUAA